GGACGACUGCAUAAUCUUCUCCGAGCGUUCGAAUGCGAAUCUAGGUUAUCACCUGAGGGAACAGGCAGAAGCAGACUGUGACACAUAAUCUCGUCAGCGCGAGAGUCUCCACGACGAAAUCGGAAAAGACGACCGAGAGAGUAGGUCAAGACCGACGACCCCGGGGAUAGCGGGCUUACCAAUCCGCAAACGAUUGAAGCUUUGCCUAUCUUCCCUUAGUAAGCAUCUGCAAGUGGUCAGCCUCUGGUUGGAGACUCUCCGGACUCGCCUACAUCUCUUCUUUUUCUCUAUCGCGAUUCUUCUUGUUUCUGCACGGCCGUUCCUUUACCUUCUUCUCUGUGCGUCCGGAAGGACAGAGGAAUUCGAGGUUUGGGUUACACAUUCCGGGGAAAAAUGCUGGACGACAGCUCUCAGUCGGUUCUCGGGGAGAUCUCCCCAGGAUCCCUGUCGCCUAUUGCAUUCCAAUCCGCAAACUCACGGCCUUUCUGCGGCGACAUCGAAGGUUGGGGCCCUCUGAGCAGCCUGCGAUUCGAUUUGACGCCAUGCUUUCUGGACCUGGGAGUCUCGUUCGUUGCGGUAUUCGGUUUGCUGCUGGGAAGCGGCGCGCUUUGGUUCCUCUUGAAAAAGCGCAUACCGCAGCCAGUCUCCAAGAAUUGGCAUUUCUACGCUAAGCUGGCCGUUCUAUCCGCUUUACUGUUUACCACCGCUCUACAAGCUGCCCUUCAAGUUGAGUCCUACACCGAUUGGUUCGCCGACUUCCGGUUCUGGAGUUCUGUCCUUAUUUUCGCUUCGUUGGGAGUCAUAUUCGCCGUACAAUACUAUGAACACUGGCGCAGCAGGCAGCCAAACGGGGUUGUACUCUUCUACUGGGUAUUCUUCAUCAUCGCAUAUGCCGUCAAAUUACGUUCUCUUGUCGCUCGACACGCCUACAAGGAUCGUCUCCCGUAUUUUAUCUGCUUCAACGUGAGUUUGGGACUCUCGAUAUUGGAGUUUGCGCUGGAGUACUUGGUCCCGAAAAAGCAGAGCGCCUACGAUGCCCUUGGGGACGAAGACGAAUGUCCGUACGAAUAUGCCGAUAUCUUCUCGGUCCUCACUUUUAGCUGGAUGACACCUUUGAUGAAGUUUGGGUACAAGAACUUUUUGACCCAGGAUGACCUGUGGAAUCUUCGCCGACGAGACACCACUCGCGCCACCGGUGAGACGUUGGAAGCGAACUGGGAGCAUGAGUUGAAAAAGAAGAAGCCUUCCCUUUGGAUGGCGAUGUUCAAAUCGUAUGGAGGUCCUUAUCUUCGUGGGGCAAUCAUCAAAUGUGGAAGUGACAUCCUCGCCUUCACCCAGCCACAGCUUCUGAGACUUCUGAUUAAUUUCAUCAAGUCGUACGAAACCAGUGAGCCUGACCCGGCCAUAAGGGGAGUCGCAAUUUCUCUUGCGAUGUUCUUAGUUUCUGUAACCCAAACGUCGUGUCUUCACCAGUACUUCCAGCGUGCUUUUGACUGUGGAAUGCGUGUCAAGUCUGGUCUGACUGCCAUGAUUUAUGCCAAGGCUUUGAGGCUCUCCAGCGAGGGCCGCGCUGCGAAAACCACCGGCGAUAUCGUCAAUCACAUGGCCGUGGAUCAGCAGAGGCUGUCUGACUUGACUCAAUUUGGUACGCAACUGUGGUCUGCUCCGUUUCAGAUCACCCUAUGCAUGGUUUCGCUUUAUCAACUUGUCGGAGUCAGCAUGUUUGCUGGAAUUGCUGUCAUGAUCCUAAUGAUCCCGCUCAACGGUGUCAUUGCUCGAGUGAUGAAGAAGCUUCAACUUAUUCAAAUGAAGAACAAGGACUCGAGAUCCAGGCUGAUGACUGAAAUUCUGAACAAUAUCAAGAGCAUCAAACUUUACGCUUGGAACACCGCCUUUAUGAACAAGCUGAGCCACAUUCGUAAUGACUUGGAAUUGAACACCCUCCGCAAGAUCGGCGCGACUCAAUCAAUCGCAAACUUCACCUGGCAGUCGACCCCAUUCCUGGUGUCCUGUUCAUGUUUUACGGUUUUUGUACUGAUUGAGGACCGACCACUAACUACGGCAAUCGUUUUCCCCGCUCUAACCCUCUUCAACUUACUCACGUUCCCUCUGGCGAUGCUUCCCAUGGUCAUCACAUCUAUCAUAGAGGCCUCUGUCGCUGUUACACGUUUGACAGACUACUUUAUGGCCGAAGAGCUGCAAUCUGAUGCUGUCAAGUUUGAAGACUCAGUCACUCAUAUUGGCGACGAGUCUGUCAGAAUCCGCGAUGCGUCCUUCUCUUGGAACAGGUACAAAGACGAGCUGGUGCUGGAGAACAUCGACCUCAGUUGUCGCAAGGGAGAGCUCAGCUGCAUCGUUGGACGCGUUGGCUCCGGAAAGUCGUCUCUUCUCCAGGCACUUCUCGGCGAUCUCUGGAAAACUGAAGGUGAAGUCGUUGUCCGCGGCCGCAUUGCUUAUGUCGCACAGUCCGCUUGGGUGAUGAACGCUAGUGUACGGGAGAACAUUGUCUUCGGCCAUCGCUGGGAUCCCCAGUUCUAUGACCUGACCGUCGAGGCGUGUGCUUUAAUUGACGACUUCAAGAAUCUACCCGAUGGCGAUCAGACGGAGGUUGGGGAGCGAGGUAUCUCUCUAUCGGGGGGGCAAAAGGCUCGAUUAACGCUCGCCAGAGCUGUAUACGCCCGUGCUGAUAUUUAUCUCCUUGAUGAUGUUCUUUCCGCAGUUGACCAACACGUCGGUCGUCAUCUCAUUAAUCGGGUGCUUGGCCGAAACGGUAUCCUCAAUAGCAAGACAAGAAUCCUUGCUACCAACGCCAUCCCUGUCCUGAAGGAGUCCGAUUUCAUUGGCCUCCUUCGCGACAAGACUCUGAUCGAGAAAGGAACCUAUGAGCAAUUGAUGGCUAUGAAGGGUGAAGUUUUCAACCUCAUUCGUACUACCAUGAACGAGUCUGACGAUGAUGGCUCUGGUGCCGAAAGCCGCGGGCUCGCUAGCCCAGAGAGCUCGGAAUCUGCUACCAUGAUCGAGACUCUGGGUGACUCCGACCUUUCCGAUUCUGAUGAAGCCGAACAGCAAAUUGGCUCUCUGGCUCCGAUCAAGGCCUCUGGGCCCCGUAGGACCAGUACCGUCACUUUACGACGCGCUAGCACCGUCAGCUGGCAAGGUCCUAGGCGUAAGCUGGGAGAUGAAGAGAAUAUCAUCAAGAGCAAACAAACUCAGGAAGUUUCCCAACAAGGCAAGGUCAAGUGGAGCGUUUAUGGCGAGUACGCGAAGAACAGCAAUCUGAUUGCUGUUGGUGUCUACCUGGUCACUCUUGUGGGCGCGCAGACUGCGCAAGUUGCUGGCAGUUACUGGCUCAAGUAUUGGACUGACGAAAGUGAAAAAACUCAGUCGGCCUCGAAUUCUGGCAAAUUUAUUGGUGUAUACCUGGCCUUUGGAGUUGGAUCGUCCCUGUUGGUUAUACUUCAAAAUCUUAUCCUGUGGAUCUUCUGCUCAAUUGAGGCCUCUCGCAAACUACACGAACGGAUGGCCUUUUCUAUCUUCCGCUCUCCGAUGCGCUUCUUCGAGACAACCCCAUCGGGACGAAUCCUCAAUCGGUUCUCCAGUGAUAUUUAUCGUAUUGAUGAGGUUCUUGCCCGAACAUUUAAUAUGCUUUUUGGAAACGCGGCCAAAACAAUCUUCACGUUGCUUGUCAUUGCUUCCUCGACCCCUCCUUUCUUGAUUCUGGUCAUUCCUUUGGGCUGGGUUUAUCUGAAUUAUCAAAAAUACUACCUCCGCACGUCUCGUGAAUUGAAACGGCUUGAUAGUGUCACGCGAAGCCCGAUCUAUGCACACUUCCAAGAGUCUCUUGGUGGCAUUUCAACAAUCCGCGCGUACCGGCAAGAGGAAAGGUUCAGCUUGGAGAGUGAGUGGCGUAUGGACGCAAACCUGCGUGCCUACUUCCCGUCCAUCAGUGCCAACAGAUGGUUGGCCGUGCGUCUCGAGUUCAUCGGGUCCGUCAUCAUUCUAGCAGCUGCGCUACUUUCGAUCAUCGCUGUCGCGACUGGCACCAAGAUUUCCGCCGGCAGUGUCGGUUUGGCGAUGUCCUAUGCCCUCCAGAUUACCCAGUCGCUCAACUGGAUCGUCCGACAGACCGUCGAAGUUGAGACCAAUAUCGUGUCUGUUGAGCGUGUCCUCGAAUACGCAAGCCUUCCGAGUGAAGCGCCCGAGGUUAUAUUCAAGAACCGUCCCGCCAUCGGGUGGCCGGCUCAGGGUGCGGUUUCAUUCCAGAACUACAGCACGCGCUACCGCGAGGGACUUGACCUUGUGCUCAAGGAUGUCAGUCUUGACAUCAAGCCGCGUGAGAAGAUUGGCGUCGUCGGUCGUACGGGUGCCGGAAAGAGCUCGCUCACUCUCGCACUGUUCCGUAUCAUUGAGCCUGUCAGUGGAGGAAUCAGCAUUGACAAUGUGGACGUUACCAAGAUCGGUCUCUUCGAUCUACGUGGACGUCUCGCUAUCAUUCCUCAAGACCCUGCCAUGUUUGAGGGUACUGUUCGAGACAACCUCGACCCUCGCCAUGCGCACGAUGAUACUGAACUGUGGAGCGUUCUUGAGCACGCGCGACUAAAGGCCCACGUCUCACAGAUGGAGGGCCAGCUGGAUGCACAAAUCCAAGAAGGAGGAUCGAACCUAAGCCAGGGCCAACGCCAACUGGUUUCUCUCGCCCGAGCGCUCCUAACGCCCAGUAAUAUUCUCGUCCUUGACGAAGCGACGGCCGCCGUCGACGUGGAAACGGACGCCCUCCUGCAACGCACACUUCGCAGCGACAUCUUUUCAGACCGCACAAUCAUCACAAUCGCCCACCGCAUCAACACAAUCAUUGAUUCCGACCGCAUCGUUGUCCUCGACAAGGGCCGCGUCGCGGAAUUCGACACUCCCGCUGCGCUUAUCAAGGAACGCGGCAAGUUUUACGAACUUGUCAAGGAGGCCGGGCUGCUUGACAGUGACGGCAACGCGAUUAAUGUACAAUGACCUCGCACUCCUACUAUACUAAACUCUCGCCUGUUUCGGCCUGCAUAGUUUCAGCCAGGUCUACGGGAUCUGGACCGGUGAGGUGCAGCAGACGAGGCGAGAUGGAGAGAGAGGAGAAGAGAAGGAACAGAACGGAAAAGAGAUUAAUAUAAAAGUUGGUGUUUGCUCAAACUGAUUGGGUAGUCUGGCGUUGAUCUGGUUUUCUCACAUCACUCGGAAGACAAAUUUACUACCUGUAUAUAGCUGAGCCUCGUCCAGGCCCCAACGAACCUCAAAGUAUAUUUCAAGCCAGCUAGUUGCGAUGAGAAUUGCACAUAUCUUCCUUACCUUCACAAGCUGGCAAAAUGAUCAUAUGUAGUAGGACACGAGUCAACACCAAACUCCCUCUUCUCUCCACGAACCCCAGCCUCCAAAA